AUGCUCGAAUCCAUGCGCCACGUCUUGACUUGGCCUGGAAUGACGGUGGACGUGCCCAAUUGGGUACGGAAUUGCACGGAGUGUGCUCAGACCAAGGUGGACCGUAACAAGUACGGCAAGCUCCCCACGAAGACGGUCGAAGCGCGGCCAUGGGCCGAAGUUGCGGUGGGCAGCAUUGGACCUUUUGGACCGAAGAAGUGGCGAGCCUUGACGAUGAUCGACACCAGCACGAGGCUGCUGGAAAUGGCGGCCAUGGAGAACGGCGACACAAGUGGAGUGGUGGAACGAGUGCAUCGUACGAUCAACAACAAGCUACGUGCAGAACGAAUUGACACGUUCAGUGAGUGGGAGAACUGUCUGUCUGCGCACCACACAGCGAUCGGAAUGACUCCAGGACAAGCGACGUUUGGGCGAGACGUGCUGUUCGACGUUCCGAUGGAAGUGGACUGGCAGCAGCAACAAGAGAAGAGAGAUGCGCAAAGUGUCCGUGCGAGCAAGCGGGAAAACGAGUCGCGGCUCGAGCAUGACUACGCCCCCGAUGAGCUCGUCAUGGUUGCCCGCGGAGACAAGCGAUAUUCCCAACUUAGAAUAUUACAUUUAGAGGAAGUCAGAAACAUAAAACAAAAAUAG